UCUCUGUGGAGAAAAUGGCUGCGCCCUGUGCGGCUCAAUGCUUUUACAGAUCAGGUGGUUCAGGGCUGUUACAGGGAGUAGCACAGCUGCCUCGCUACAACAGGAGCUCAUCUCUUGCCCAGUGCCCACCAUGCCGAUCCUUCUUCUGGAGGAAGUCAAAAAAUUCCCACUGCGUGGUGCAGCCUGCCAUUGUACGCCCUUCCUAUGCUGUACCCAAGCACAUCCAAAGGCCCAACUAUGUAUCAUCAAGCACAAUGCCUGAGUGGCCAGAUUACAUAGAGAUUAAAAAUGAGGAGCAAAUCCAGGGAUUACGAAGAGCAUGUCAACUUGCAAGACACAUACUGCUGUUGGCUGGAAAUAGUUUGAAGGUUGGUAUGACAACAGACGAAAUAGACUUUAUUGUCCAUCAGGAAGCAAUCCGUCACAAUGCCUACCCCUCUCCUUUACACUAUGGGGGCUUUCCAAAGUCAGUCUGUACUUCUGUAAACAAUGUAGUAUGCCAUGGCAUUCCAGACAGUCGGCCAUUGCAAAAUGGAGAUAUCAUCAAUAUAGAUGUCACAGUUUAUCUGGAGGGUUACCAUGGUGACACCUCAGAAACAUUUCUGAUUGGCUCAGUAGAUGAACAGGGGAGGAAAUUAGUGGAUGUGGCUCGACAGUGCAGAGAUCAGGCCAUCGCCGCCUGUGGACUGGGAAAACCUUUGUGUGUGAUUGGCAACACUAUAAGCAAUAUAGCUAAUUCAAAUGGGUUCCGCGUGUGUCCAUAUUUUAUCGGUCAUGGGAUAGGAACUUAUUUUCAUGGUCAUCCAGAGAUAUGGCAUCAUGCAAAUGACAAUGACCUACAGAUGGAAGAGGGCAUGUCCUUCACCAUAGAACCCAUUCUCAUGGAGGGAUCCUCAGAAUUCAAGAUCUUGAGUGACAAGUGGACUGCUGUAUCUGUGGAUGACAAAAGAUCGGCACAAUUUGAGCACACGGUUGUCAUCACCUGCGAUGGUGUGGAGAUUCUGACUAAACUACCAGAUGAAGAUUGACUGGACAUCAAUUAUGGAACAUCUGGAAAAGGGCAUAUGUGUUUCUGUAUGUAGGAGAGACUUGGAAAUCGGUGUGUAUGUGUGAGACUGAUACUAGAGUUUAGAAUUACAGAAACGUUCAAGUUUUUUAAAUGAAUGUGUCUCCUUACCUUUUUUCUUUCUUAUUUUAAAGUAGCUUGACGAAGGUCUUUUAGAAAUUAUUGAGUACCCCCACCAUCAGGGCUGGACAGGGAAGAGAAAUCAGCAUGGGAUUUUACAUAGAAUCUGGCCCAAAAGUUGUUCACAUUGUUCACAAUGCACACUGUCCUUUUGUGCAUAUUGCUGCCCAGUUCGGCAUAUCAUGGCGGCGAUUUGUGGCCCAUUCUACAUAACGAGGCAGCUCAUUUCAGCUUAUCGCAGCCCAUUCGGCCUAUUUUGCGGCCGGCCAUUACACCCCUGAUCAGCCCCAAAGUGCUUCGGCCCACCGGUAAAAUGCCCGGUAUGGUAGAUUACCAUUCCAGCCCUGCCCACCAUGGAGCUGUUCAGUCAAUUUGUCAAUUUAUAGGUGAACCCGGAAGGCUAUUUUGCAGCAGAGUUCCUUCUGGAAUUUCCUAUGAGUUUUUAUAAUGGGAUUUUUCAAUUUUGAGCAAAAUAAGAUCUGCGCUAAACUACUUGAAGGUAUGUUUUGUUCAACAACAUAAAUUACAGUCAUACCUUCAAUGUGAAUUCUGAAGCCACCGGGUUUUAAACAAUGUACACUCACUCAGCACUUUAUUAGGUAUAUCUGUACACCUACUUAUACAUGAGAUUAUCUAAUCAGCCAAUCGUGUGGCAGCAGUGCAUAGAAUCAUGCGGAAAAGGGUCAGGAACUUCAGUUAAUGUUCACAUCAACCAUCAGAAUGUGGGAAAAAUGUGAUCUCAGUGAUUUUGACUUUAGCAUGAUUGUUGGUGUCAGACGGGCUGGUUUGAGUAUUACUGUAACUGCUGAUCUCCUGGGAUUUUCAUGCAUAACAGUGUCGUACACAGAAUGGUGCCAAAAACCAAAAAUAUCCAUUAAGUGACAGUUCUGUGGAUGGGCAGACUGGCUUGAGCUGGCAGAAAGGCUACGGUAACUCGGAUAACCACUCGUCGGAUGGGCUACAACAGCAGAAGACAACAUCUGGCAUUUUAUUAGGACUUCAACUAUAAAUUACAUGCCUGACGAAACAGAAAACAGUUGCGGUCCAUAUAGCAAUUUAUGGACUUAAAAAAAAUGGUGGAUUCAAAACUCACUUUUAGGGUGUGACUGUGUGUAAAUUAUGUUGUAGAACAAAAUGUCUAAGUAUCCUUAAGAAAUGUUUACCACAAACCUUAUUUUAUUCAUAAAAACAAAACUGCCAUUAUAAAAGUCCACAGGAAAAUGCAUAGGGUUCCCAUGGCUUAAAAACGCAACUUUUCUUCUAGGGUUUUGGACUAGAACCUGAACAGCUCUAUUAUUUUUAGCUUUUAGGCCUAUCUUGAAUUAAUGGGGUUAAUUGAAUUCAUAGUGGUGGUGUAAUGACUUUUAAAAUCUGUUCCCCAUUCAAAACUUUCAUUUAUGAUGUCAUCUUUGACUGAACUCAUUGAAAGCGCAUGGAAUUAAAUGUCAUUAGGUCUUAUUAUUGUGGGUUUCUCCAUACACCACAAUAUUACUCCACAGUAAUCUACUUAGCCCUGAAAAUUCUCUCGAGAGAUGAUUAUAUUUAUGGAGCAUAGGUUACCGAAUAAGCCAUGUGUAGUAUAUCAAGGAUACACUGUAAUCAUAUCUGCUACACGACAUCAUUCGCAAACUGCUAAUGAUGUCUGACAUUUGACUGAGCAUUUGAAUUCUUCUGUCUGAUGAGCUCCUGUAGGCUAUACUCAAUGAGGGCAGCAAUGUGUUAUUGCUUACAUUCCCACAGCUAAUCAUAUAAAGGAUGUUUUGAUGGGAAUAAAGAAAAAUAAAUGCAUUUGUUAUUUAAAAUAUAUAAAGGAAAAAUAGGCUACAUUUGAAAAAAAUCAACGUAAUUAAUUUAUGUCUGCAGUAUAGGGUACAAAGGGACAGGAGACCCCCUGGUGUAGAAGGCACUUUUGAUUUUAUUUUCUCCCAAAAUACUAAAUUACAAAAACCACCAUAGCGCUUUCCUUAACACUUUAUGCACUGCAACAUUUUUCUCAUCGAUGCGAUUAUUGCGUGCAUGUCUAAAGUUGAAUUUUGAGGUAAUUUGAUCUAACAUUUAAUAACUUUUAAAAACGUUGCAAAUUUGUGUAGCUAAUGAGAAUCCCAGAAAUUAUCAUGUACUUUGAGACAAAAUAUUAUUUGUAAUUUUUUGUUUUGUUCAAGGUUAUUAAAUCAAAGUUUAAAAAAAAAAAAAACAAAAAAAAAAAAAUUGGACCUUUUUUGUACCUUAUGUUGUACAAAUUUUUUUGGUACAUAAUUGUACCCUAAGGACCUAUGUACAUUUAUGUUUUGUUCCUAUUGAAAAAACUUAAGUCUCUUAAAUGGUACAAAUAUUCUCAAAACAAGGGUACCACUACAGUGACGGCUUUGUACCUACAACAGUACCUGAGUGAAUAAUUGAAAUAUUUGGUGUAAAUCGCCCUCUUUGUUGCAGGGAAUAAAGGCCCACUUAAGAACACAUUAGACAUUUUACUUAUGUGGGGUGAGUUGUUUGUUAUGAAGAAUGUAAAAGUGGGCUCACACUGACUGAUCCAAUAACAAUGGAGAUUAAUUUGUUUAUAGAAUACUUGAUGUUAUGAAAUGCUAAAUGUGAUUGAAUUUAACAGGAAAUUGUGCACUCAUUUUUAAAGUGGCUAUUUUGAAUAAGCAUUAUCUUAAUUUGAUACUCUAAAAAGCAUCUUGCCCUCUCAAAAGUAAUUGACAAAUGUUGCCCUAUAUCUAUUGCCCUACAUCUAUAUCACUAUAACCCACCAGGGGCCCUUUUACGCCCAAGUGUGGGUAAAAAGUCCCCAGCACCUGGUAUAGUAGCCUAAAUAUAUUUACAGUACUGUGCAAAAGACUUAGGUACAUAAUAUGUUUCACAAAAGCAUUUGUCUUAAGAUGGUUAUUUAUAUCAUUAGCUUCAGUGAGUCAAUAGCAAAUAUAAAUGUUAGACUCCCAAACAUUACUUUUGCUAAUAGAAAAUAUUAUAAGAACAGGGAGCCCUGCAACAGAUGUCAUGGCCCCUACUGAACUUCGUGUCAGUCUGAGGUUACACAAAGAGACAGAAGCAAUUGAGACUAAAUAGAUAGAAGAACAGAGGUGAAUUCUGCAAGAAGCUUGGAAUAUCCUAUCUGCCAACAACCAAGAAAAACUGUCCAGGUGUACCUAGGAGAAUUGGUGCUGUUUUAAAGGCAAAGGUGGUCACACCGAAUAUUGAUUUAGUUUUUUAUGUUUACUGGACUUUGUAUGACAUGAAGUGAUAAAUGAAUGAACUAAUGAAAUGAACUAUUUAUUUCACUAUUUUUGAAGACAUCCUCAUUAAGCAACAUUUUUCACA